AGGAAGUGUGGGGCCUGAGAGAGAGGCAGCUGGGCACCAGGAGCUGCAGGCCACGCUCUGCUGCACCAGGAUGGACACAAGGGCAACUCUGACAGGCUUUGCAGUUCUGGUGCUGCUCCAGUGCUGUUUUGCAUACAAACUGGUCUGCUACUACACCAACUGGUCCCAGUACCGGGAAGGCGAUGGGAGCUGCUUCCCAGAUGUCAUCGACCCUUUCCUCUGCACCCACAUCAUCUACAGCUUUGCCAACAUAAGCAACAGUGAGAUCGACACCUGGGAGUGGAAUGAUGUGGUGCUCUAUGGCACCCUGAACUCACUUAAAAGCAGGAACCCCAACCUGAAGACCUUCCUGUCUGUUGGGGGAUGGAACUUUGGCUCUCAAAGAUUUUCCAGCAUAGCCUCCAGCACCCAGAAGCGCAGGACUUUCAUCAAAUCGGUACCAAAGUUCCUGCGGGCCUAUGGCUUUGAUGGGCUGGACUUAGCCUGGCUGUACCCUGGAAGGAGAGACAAGCAGCAUUUUACCACCCUGAUCAAGGAAAUGAAGACUGAAUUUACAAAGGAGACCCAGCCUGGAAAAGAGCAGCUCCUGCUCAGUGCAGCAGUAUCUGCAGGGAAGGUCACCAUUGACACCGGCUAUGAUGUUGCCCAGAUAGCAAAACACCUGGAUUUCAUCAGCAUCCUAACCUAUGAUUUCCAUGGAACCUGGCGCCAAACCACAGGACACCACAGCCCCCUCUUCCGAGGCCAGCUGGAUGGCAAGACCGACAGAUUCAGCAACGUGGACUAUGCUGUGGGGUACAUGUUGAGGCUGGGUGCCCCAGCCAGCAAGCUGGUGAUGGGCAUCCCGACCUUCGGGAAGAGCUACACUUUGGCCUCCUCUGAGACUGGUGUUGGAGCCCCAAUCUCGGGGCCAGGACUUGCAGGCCGGUUCACCAAGGAGGAAGGGACCCUCGCCUACUAUGAGGUCUGUGACUUUCUCCACGGAGCCACAGUCCAUAGAGUCCCCAGCCAGCAGGUCCCCUACGCUACCAAGGGCAACCAGUGGGUGGGGUAUGAUGACCUGGAAAGUGUCAAAAGCAAGGCGCAGUACCUGAAAAGCAAGCAACUAGCAGGUGCCAUGGUGUGGACCCUGGAUCUGGAUGACUUCCAGGGCUCCUUCUGUGGCCAGAAUCUACCCUUCCCCCUCACCAACGCUAUCAAGGAUGUACUCACUGCAGCUUAGCCCAUCCUUCUGCACACGGUGAGAGCCAAGGACACCCUCACACCCUCUGGCUCCAGCUGGCCCGGAACCUGAUCACUUGCUAAGUCCCUCGACUGAGCCUCAGUUUCCCUCCACUUGGAAUCUGUGCAGAGGGCCACAGCAUGGAGAUUAGAGCUCGGUCCUUGCAGACAGGAGGUAGCGUGGGGCUCUGGGGACCAGACCAGUGUAAGAUGAAGGAUCAAUACCUCUUGAUUAAUGGAAAUGCUCAUAGACUCCAAGCCCAGCAUAAGGGGAUUUCUGUAACUUCUUUACCCCAUCCUCCUUAUAAAGAACAUCAUUUUGGCAAGCUCUGCCACCAAGCAGGCAAACAUCCUACAAGACAGAGUGACCAUACUAAUUAUACCCUCUGCAAAGUCCAACUUGAAACCCUCACUUAGGAACAUAAUCAUGUCUCCUAUAUCACUUCCCUUUCCUAAUUCCACAGCUGCUCAAUAAAGUACAAGAGCUUAACAGUG